CGUGGGCUCAUGAUUGAUACUUGUGAGGAACCCAGUAGUGACGUUCUCGUCAUCGUCUAAACGGAACGGAACAUUGACUAAUUUUAGGUGCAGUGACUUCAAGUCCAUGCUGUCUUGGCUCGGGUCGUUGCCAGCUGUGUUCCCGAUCUGUCAGCAUAGAUGGGUAGGCGGUCUUCGUCCAACUCCUGCUCAUACUGUCGCGUCCUUCACCCCAAUGGGCUCCUGGACAACAAGCAGAAAACGCCUUGCUCAUCAAUGCUAGCUAUGUAAUAUUUGGUGACAGAAGCAGCCCUCGUGCGAAAAGAGACAUCGCACCUUCUUCCCCAUAACCAUUCACUUGGGGAGAAUCAGCGUCAGGCACACUAAUGCAGCCCCAAAUCCUAGCCAAGCUCCCCCGGCACAAACAAGUGUAGCAUCAUAUCUUGGCUGGCCCGUCGGUUUAGGCUAAGUUUCAGUGCAACACAGGGUGAUCUUCCGUCACAGAAUAGCGACACCUGCCUCUCCGCGCUAUAACAACGGCUUCAGGUCCGAUCCGGUUAUUCGCUCACGACCCUCUCUACAUUCGCCGUGCUUCUCCGUUCCAGUAUGUACGUAACUGCUACCAACAGCAUGAAUCUCUUACUUUCUUUACAUUUUCUUGCCGCCACUCAACCUUCUGUGGCCUUGGCCCAGGAGUGCCGAAAUACGUUGAAAGCAACGUACACCUCGCCCAUUGCUGCCGGUGGCUGGACAUAUCGCCUGAUCGCGAACGGACUCACUCGACCCAGAAGCAUACUUUUCGACAACCAGGGAGCUCUCCUGGUUGUCGAUGCUAACUCUGGGAUAAAACAUCUGAAGCUGACUGACGAUGGCGGCACUUGCUUAUCUGUGGCCGAGAAACGGACGAUCAUUGAUUCUCCAGAGUUGAACCACGGAAUAGCCCUCUCCCCGGAUGGGAAGACUCUGUAUGCCUCGACCGCCGACAAGGUAUAUUCCUGGGCAUAUAAUGGCAGUGCUGCCAUCGUUGGUGAUAGGAAUAGGACACUCAUAUCAAAUAUGAGCAAUACCGACCAUACCACCCGGACGUUACUUCUAUCCAGCAAAAGUCCGGGCAUACUCUUGGUGUCGAGAGGUAGCGCGUCCAACAUCGACGAGGCUGCGACCCGCCAGUCGACUGGACAUUCUCAGCUUCGCGCCUUUGAUAUCGGGAGCCUCGGUGAGAAUUCUGGGCCGCUCAACUUCCCGACUGAGGGAAGGAUGCUAGGCUGGGGAUUGCGGAACUCAGUCGGCGUGGCAGAAGAGCCCGUCACAGGCGGUGUAUGGACAGUGGAGAACUCAGCGGACCAGUUGAGGAGGAACAACGUUGAUAUUCACACUGACAAUCCUGCCGAAGAACUCAACUUCCACGGACACCUCAGUGAUUCUAACAAGGAUCAGGGCGGUAAUUAUGGAUAUCCAGGUUGCUUUGCUGUCUGGUCGACCGAGGGAUUUCCCGAUAAAGGCAACAUGACGACGGGAGAUCAGUUCAGCCUCAACCCAUCACGCACCCUGAACGAUACGACUUGCAAUUCCGCUUAUGUGCCUCCGAGAUUAUCUUUCCAGGCGCACACUGCUCCAUUGGAUAUAAAAUUCACGCCCGAUGGCUCAGAAGCCUUUGUAACAUUCCAUGGCAGUUGGAAUCGAGACGAGGCUGUCGGUUACAAGCUAUCUAGCAUACGUUUCUCGAAUGGAGAGCCUGCAGAGUCAGCUGAUAGCCGGACACCAAUUACUGAUGUUUUGAGUAACGCAGAUACCAGUAGCUGCCCUGACAACUGUUUUCGCCCGGUAGGACUUGCUUGGGACAGCCAGCAGAGACUUUUCAUGACAUCAGAUUCGACGGGCGAAAUUUAUGUCCUUCAGAGAACCGAUGUCUCAGUCUCGACCAGUUCUCCGGCUAUCCCUGUUCCGACAUCAUCACCCGACGCUGCAGCAACCUUAGUCCCCUCCCGGCUCACCUCUUUUGGCAGCCUUGCAAUCUCAGUACUUGUUUUCAUGGGAGGUGCGGGCGUGGUCAGGCUGAUCGUUGUCUAA